AUGGAACAGUACAUUCACUUGCUACUGAAAGUGUUGACAACACCACCACCAACAACACUAGUAUUUGUGUUUUGGUUUCUGGGUUUUGCAAACUUGAGCUAUGUUCAGGCUCACAUACAUGGAUUUGGAGAGCAACCACUUGCAAAGAUUGAUAUUUACAAAACCACUCUGGCUCUUAAAGAAUCAGCUUCUGUUUAUGCUAGCCCUCUCCUUCUUGGCUUGAAGAAUGAGGGUGAGGAUACUGAAUGGGUUACGGUGGAUAUUAUGCACCCUGAACCGUCUGCAAAUGAUUGGGUUGGACCAAAACUGAUAUCAGUUUCAAAUUCAAUAACUUUUUCCAAUCCUAAAGCACCCCUCUACCCUCGCCUUGCUCAAGGAAAAGCUUGGGAUGAAAUGACUGUUACCUGGACUAGUGGUUACAAUAUAGAUGAAGCUGUUCCAUUUGUUGUAUGGGGUCUGAAGGGUGAGAUUCCAAAGCGUUCACCUGCCGGAACAUUGACAUUUAAGCAAAACAGCAUGUGUGGUUCACCUGCAAGAACAGUUGGUUGGCGUGAUCCUGGAUUCAUACAUACAAGUUUCCUGAAAAGUUUAUGGCCAAACUCUGUGUACACGUACCAGUUAGGUCAUAUCUUAUCUAAUGGCUCAUAUGUUUGGAGCAAGAAGUAUUCAUUCAAAUCAUCCCCAUUUCCUGGACAAGACUCAUUGCAGCGGGUCAUAAUAUUUGGUGACAUGGGGAAGGCUGAACGUGAUGGCUCAAAUGAGUUCAGUGAUUAUCAGCCUGGUUCACUCAACACCACAGACCAACUAAUCAAGGACUUGAGAAACAUUGAUAUAGUAUUCCACAUAGGAGAUAUAACAUAUUCAAAUGGAUACAUCUCACAAUGGGACCAAUUCACAGCCCAGGUUGAGCCCAUUGCAUCGACUGUGCCAUACAUGAUUGGAAGUGGUAAUCAUGAACGUGACUGGCCAAAUUCAGGAUCCUUCUAUGGCAAUACAGAUUCAGGAGGGGAAUGUGGUGUGCCUGCAGAAACAAUAUUCUACGUCCCUGCUGAGAACAGAGCUAAGUUUUGGUACUCGACCGAUUAUGGCAUGUUUCACUUCUGUAUAGCAGACACUGAGCAUGACUGGAGGGAGGGAUCAGAACAAUAUGAGUUCAUUGAGAAAUGCCUUGCGUCUGCUGAUAGACAAAAGCAACCCUGGUUGAUCUUCGCAGCUCAUCGUGUCCUUGGGUAUUCAUCUGAUGCAUGGUAUGGCCUAGAGGGCUCGUUUCAAGAGCCCAUGGGGAGGGAAAGUUUGCAGAGACUCUGGCAGAAAUACAAGGUGGACAUAGCAUUUUAUGGACAUGUCCACAACUAUGAAAGGACAUGUCCCAUCUACCAGAAUCAAUGCGUGAACAAUGAAAAACAUCAUUAUUCAGGCACGGUGAACGGAACUAUUCAUGUUGUUGCUGGUGGGGGAGGCAGCCAUUUAUCGGAAUACAGUGAAGUGACACCAAAUUGGAGUAUUUACAGAGAUUAUGACUUUGGAUUUGUCAAAUUGACAGCAUUUAAUCAUUCAUCUCUGCUAUUUGAGUACAAGAAAAGCAGUGAUGGAAAGGUGUAUGAUUCCUUCACCAUUUCAAGGGACUACAAAGAUGUUUUGGCCUGUGUGCACGAUAGUUGUCCAGCAACCACUUUGGCUUCUUGA